AUGGGUAGCACACCGGAGGAUUUUUCCGUGGUAGUCUUAGCUUCCGAUUUCGCCGUAGAUGCUCGACCAUUCCUUUUCCACGACGCAGAACAACAACAAGAAGAAGAGAGUUGGCACGAUUGUUCUCAGUACCUUUCCCCCGACGAAGACUUCUCCGAUCUAGAACAGUUACAAUUCAUUACUCUCCAAGGCUCCGACAAGAGCGGCGCUCGUAUUCUCCGCAUCGUCGGGAAGCACUAUCCCGCAACAGUUGUGAGUGCAGAACGGCUGAAGAGGUAUGUUUUUCACAAAAUAUUCAGUGAAUUGCCAGAUGGGCCAUUUUGCAUUGUUUACAUGCACAGCACUGUUCAAAAGGAGGAUAAUUCUCCUGGGAUGACCAUCUUGAGGUGGAUUUAUGAAGAACUUCCAGAUGAUUUUAAGGACAGGCUUCAAACUAUGUACUUCAUCCACCCUGGGCUUCGUUCCAGGCUAGUCAUAGCUACUCUCGGCAGGUUUUUCUUAAGUGGAGGAUUAUAUUGGAAGAUCAAGUACGUUAACCGCCUUCAGUACCUUUGGGAUGAUAUAAAGAAAGGAGAGAUUGAGAUACCAGAAUUUGUACAACAGCAUGAUGAUAUUUUGGAGAAUAGGCCCCUCACUGAUUAUGGAAUUGAACCUGAUCCCUUUCACUUGACUGGGAUGCCAUCAACUUCAUACUCAUUUGGAAAAUAUGAAGAGAAAUGGGCUGGAAGGUCGUAUCUCUGA